AUGAGAUUGAGCAUCCUGUCGCUCCUGGCCAGCGCUACGGCCCUGGUCAGGGCGGAACCGUUGGGGGACUCGGAUACCGAAAAAGACGCCGUGAAGCCUACUACGUUUGAUCACAAGACGGUACCGCCGUUGCUGGACUUGACGCCAUCAAACUGGGCUGAGGAAGUCAACAAGACUCGAUGGCUCUUGGUCAAGCAUUUUAGCCCCUACUGUGGCCACUGCAUGGAAUUCGCUCCAACGUUUCAAACUCUAUACGAAUUCUACUACACAUCAAAAACUGCCGACGGUUCGACGUUCGAAAAGUACUACGACUUUAGAUUCGGCGUGCUUGACUGCACACUGUACGCAGAUCUCUGCAGCGAACACGACGUCGCGUCCUUCCCUACAACCAUUUUGUUCGAAAAUGGCACGCGCUUUGAGCAGGUCAUGGGCGCCAAAGGCAUGGAUGUAAUCAGCGAAAUGGUCGAGAAGGGACUCGAAAAGGAGAAGCCUGGCUCUCGACCCAAAACUGUAGACUUGCCCGAGCGCGGCGCCAAGGAGUCUCCCAAGAAGAGUGCAAAUACUGGAAAGGAUACCGUCAAGAAGGACGAGGAUGAUUCGCUUUCUGAUAAGCCUUUUGGCAAUGACUGGAAGGUUAAGACUGCCGGAGAAUUGGAAAAGGAAAGAAAACCCAAGAAACCAAAGGAUACACCUAACCCGGACGGUGUUUCAGUUUCUCUCACUGCUGAGAGCUUCCAGAAGCUCGUGACACAGACGCAGGAACCUUGGUUCAUCAAAUUCUAUGCCCCGUGGUGCCCUCAUUGUCAGGCAAUGGGACCUACUUGGCAGCAACUUGCCAAGACAAUGCGAGGCAAGCUGCAUGUUGGUGAAGUGAACUGCGACAAGGAGUCACGUCUGUGUAAGGACGUGCACGCCACAGCAUACCCAACCCUCAUUUUCUUCAAGGGCGGCGAAAGGGCAGAAUACUCGGGCUUGCGUGGCUUGGGCGAUUUUGUUCAAUAUGCUGACAAGGCCGUUGACCUCGCUAGUGGCAUUCCUGACGUGAAUGCGACCUCAUUCAAGAAUCUGGAAAAGACCGAGGACGUUAUAUUUGUGUAUUUUUACGAUCAUGCUACGACAAGCGAAGACUUCCGGGCUUUGGAGACGAUUCCCUUGAGCCUUAUUGGACACGCCAAGCUUGUCAAGACGAACGAUCCCAAACUUUAUGAACGCUUCAAGAUUACGACCUGGCCACGCCUGUUAGUUUCACGCGAAGGCAGACCAACCUACUAUCCGCCAAUCACACCCAAUGAGAUGCGCGAUAAGAAUCAAGUUUUGGACUGGAUGAGAGGUGUGUGGCUUCCACUGGUGCCAGAGUUGACUCCUUCCAAUGCCCACCAAAUUUUCAAUGGCAAGCUUGUUGUCCUUGGAAUUCUGAGCCAUGCGGAUCAGGCGUCCUUCUCGGGCUCUAUUCGUGAAAUGAAGAGCGCGGCAAAUGAGUGGAUGGACAGACAAAUUCAGGAAUUCCAACUCGAGCGUAAGAAGCUGCGAGACUCUAAGCAGAUGAGAAUCGAAGAGGCUGAAGAUCGUGGGGACCAACGCGCAUUGCGAGCUGCCAAGGGUAUUCGCGUUGAUAUGAAUAACGCUGGCCGCAAGGAAGUGACAUUUGCUUGGGUUGAUGGUGUCUACUGGCAGCGUUGGAUCCGACAAACAUACGGCAUCGAUGUGAAGGAAGGAGAAAAGAUAAUCAUUAAUGAGGAAGAUCACCGCAGAUACUGGGAUCAAACCGUGACGGGCAACUACAUCAUGGUCAGCCGUACAUCAAUCAUGGAGACGCUGGACAAGAUUGUGUAUGGCCCUCAUGUCAUCAAGCACAAGCUUACCGUGUCUACGAUUGAGAAGAUUUUCUUCGACAUCAAGGUUGCCUUUAUUGAGCACCCGUAUUUGUCAAUGGGCUGCGUCCUCGGACUGGCAUUUGGUACCUUCUCAUGGCUCCGUGGCCGCGCACGUCGUACUCGGGGUGGACAUUUCAGACUGGACGACGCCAUGGGUAUCAAUCAGCUAAAGGAGGGUCUGUUGGGCAUGAACGCCAAUGGCAAUCAAAAGGCUGAUUAA